GUCAGACUCCAGUCAUGUCGACCCUCCUCAGCACCAUCAGCACCGUCAUCUUUAUGGCUUUUCUACAGAAACUUAACUGACAAUGGAUCUAUUCCGCAGAGGAGAGCUAGGGCUGCUGGGAGGAGGAGGCGAGGGGCUGAGAGAUGAUGUAGGCGUCCCGGGGAUCAGCUGGUCGGCCAAUCGGCUGCCAGAGGACAUGUACCCAGCAUCAGGAUUGGCCCUGGCUGCUGCCUAUCAUGACAUUAAGACCCGGUUGGCAAGUCUGGAAAGGGAGAACAGCAGCAUCAAGAAGAAGCUCAAACACUACGAGGUCAAGUUUCCUGUGAUCGGUGACUUUGGAGAGGAGAGGAUACUCUGCUGUUCCUGUGAGCCCAUCUUCAAGGAUACCAGUGUAAUACAGUCAGAGACCACCAACCUACAGCAGAGGAUCAAUUCGCUAACUCAGGAGCUUCAGAAGAGUAAGGAAAGAGAGGAGAGGUUGGAGGAAGUCAUCCAGGCUUAUGAGAAGAUUCACUUGGAGAAAAGCAAUGUCCAGAGAGACCUAGACAAGAUGACAACUCUGGCAGAGCAGCACAUGGAGAGGAUCUGCAGUCUGGAGUCAGCUCUCAGACAAAGAGAAACUUCCCUUCAGAAACUUAGCGCUCAACUCCGCAGCAAAGAUGCGCAUCAGUCUCAACUCCACGCCAGCCUGAACGUACCAAGAGAAGGUUGUGGGCCCACGCUGCAGAGCUCCCAUAGUCUGGACGCCUUGUCAGACCUGAAGCUGCAGCGCCUGGAGGCUGAGCUGGAGGGGGCGCAGCAGCAGGCCCAGGGGGCCUGUCAGAGGGAGAAGGAGCUAAGGGCCGAGUUUCAGAGGGUGCAGCAGGAGGUGGCCCAGCUACAGGAAGCACAGAGACAGUCACAGGAGCUGUCUCCCCACUGUGAGCACUGUAACGUAGAGUGGAUAAAGAAAGCCGGGGACGAACAGGUGAACCUGGCAUUAGCCUACACUGAGCUAACAGAGGAGUUGGGUCGUGUUCGAAAUUUGGCUGUGAAACAGAGUGAACUUCUGCGACAUGUCUCACAGGAGCCACCUGUCUCUCGUCCUAGCCCUGCACCUCAGCGUCUCUCCCCCACCUCUCCCCAGCACCCCUCACUCUCCCCUGACAGGCUCCUCCCCAACCCCUCUCCUCCCCUUUCCCCAAACGAUGGCCCUGCCUCCUAUUCCCAUCAGCCAACCUGCAGCCGUCUACGUGCAAAGUUCCAGGGUCGCCGUAGUUACUCUGAGGUAUCUGACCCAUCAGGCAUCCACAGGCCUCCAGCUAGGCUGAUGAGAGAUCCAGUCUCCACUCUCCCGAAGCCCAGGCCCCUCCUAGGGGAGAUGCAGGGUUAUGGACAAAACAAACCUCAGCUCCGUACCUCCUUGGUGGGCCUGGUCAGACCGGCCUCGGCUCACGGAGCUGGAGGGGAGAGAGGGGGAGGUGGUGGAGGAGAGAGAGCUGGUGGUAGCAGUCUGAGCAGCAGUCCACAUCAGUCGGCUCUGGACCUAGGCUUCCCUCUGGCCACAGAGAUACAUCACUUUCGUCGCCUUGAUAACCCGCCUGAACCCACCCCACUGGUGACACCACCACAGUCCUCUGAUGAUGAAGAGGAUGUAUGUACAUAUCUAUCGCCGGCUGCCAGCCCGCCUCGGACACUUGGCGCAAUUGGGAUUGGCUCAUCAUCGCCUAGGGAACAGCCUCUACACCCCUCAUUCCCGUCUCCAAGGAAACAGCCCCACCAUCCCUCCUUCUCAUCCCCCGAGGGCCCUGCCACCCUCUCUUGCCAUCUGCCUCCCUAUAUGAACACUGAGCAUGCUCAGUCAUGGCCCUCCAUUAACCUAUGGAUGGAGUCAGAAGAAAGUGCUGUUCGUAGCUGUCCUCUGUGUCAGCUGACCUUCCCAACUGGUUACCCUGAUGACGCUCUCAUCAAACAUAUCGACUCCCACUUGGAGAACAGCAAGAUCUGACUUUUUUCUUUUUCUUUUUCUUCUUUUUUUUUGUUUUUUUAUCAAGCAUUUUAUACCCAUGACCUGAGAUGCGUACCAGACCCAUCUUGAUUGUUUUAUGUUUAGGUUUUAGCUAGGAAUGGUUUGAUGAGCCUGCAUGCUUCUUUCUAUUUUCCCACAAUAGCCACAGUCUUCUGGUACAGGGGUUAGAAGCCUUGCUCAAAGACAUCCCCCUCUGCCCUUCCAUCCAAAUUGUGGAAUCUAACCAGCGACCUUCCCGUAACAAAACAAGUUUUUUUCUUUUGUUUCGUUUUUUCUGUCCCCCAGUCUCAAGAGUUCAUCAUUGCAUUUUCAGGUUGUAAAUCUUUUUAUUUGUUUUUCAUUAAUGACACAUGUACAUUGCCUAACAUGUCUCACAGAGCUCCAUAUCAGUGAUUUUGGAUUAAAUGGUCAAAUGAUUUGUUCAGAAGUGAUAACAAAAUGAAUACCAUAUAGUCAAGAAGACAUAUAGUCAGUUUCCAUUUAUAUGACACAGGCACAAUUGAUAGUUUAAGGAUAGAAUUAUGGAUACAGCAAACAAAUAAGGACAAUUACGAGAGUGAAAGAAACCAAUCUAAAAACCAGUGGAGCUCUAAACCAAACUAUAUAUAAAGUCAAGUGUGAAAUGCUCCGAUGGUAUCAAGUAAUUUAAAGCAACACAAUUGAGUUUUUUAGCCCUCAAAAUAUAUAUCCAAGAUCCUUGUGAUGGUACAUAAACUCACAAUAGGUUGGAUGACACCUCCGUCAUUGCUUGAGAACGUCUGUUUUGCUUGCUCUGACACUAUGCAGUUUCGGGGUUCGGGUAGGAACCCAGACACAAAAAGUACUACCAAAUUUGGCUGCUUUACGGCAUACAUCAUAUCCCCUUCCUCUCUUUAGAGUAGAGUAGCCGAACCGAGGUGAACGAAGUUAGACGUGGUUGGCAAGGCUGAAGCGACAAAGAAAAGGAAGAAGGUGAAAGUGUUGUCCGAGGAGACAAAGAAAAGAAAACAGGAGAGCGAUAAAACAAGAGCUCGAACAAGGAUUAAUAUUGGCCCAGCUUUUACACGCUGGUGAGAGCUGAAAGAGGAGGAGGGAUACCCGACUGAUGGUGACCUGGCGCUGUUACUGCUGUUACCCUCUACUUAAGAGACUCACUGUCUGCAGGUCGGCUG